AUGGUAGACGCCAACCAGUACAUUAAUCAAACUUUCCCCUAUCCUAGUGUAAAUAGAACUAGCGUGACAACGUUGGAUAUUAGUAAUAAAAAUCUAAUAAACACAAUAAAUUUAGGGCCUACAGAAAAUUUUACUAAUCUAGAAACAUUAAACACUUCAUUUAACCAAAUAAGUUUUUUCUCGUUAGGACAACUACCUAAAUUGCAGAACUUGGAUUUUUCUCAUAAUCUCCUCUCUUCUUUCUUUAUGAAAAACACUGACCUAUUGCCUCAACUUUCAAUAAUUAAUCUUUCUCACAAUCUUUUAAGUGAUAUUGGUCCGGGUUCUAUUAAACUUACUCAUCUUGAUAUCAGCAACAAUUCAUUAACUACUUUAGAUUUACAAGAUUGUAAGAACUUAAUUACAUUAAAUUGUUCGGGUAAUCCUGAUCUUUCAAAUUUGACUUUAAACUCUUUUUUUGAUCCUACCGAUUUGAAUGCUUUCGAUUGCCGGGGAACCAGUAUUGGUAAAGUUAAUACUACUUCUUUCAUAUAUGACUGUCAAACUGGUACUAGAAUUCAGAAAUCUACUACAAAUCCAGCUGUUGUGACU